GACGGGGCACGAUGGUUAGUUGUCCUGGGCAGCCAGCGAAGGGAGGGCACGCGUUCCCCGGUGCCUCUACACCCUCCUUGCCAUCUGCUGCUGUACCGGUCCUUCGACAGUUCUUCCUGCUAGCUCACAGGUUCUACGACUUCCCACCACCUGCUAGCUCACAGGUUCUACGACUUGCCUCCACCUGCUAGCUCACAGGUUCUACGACUUGCCUCCACCUGCUAGCUCACAGGUUCUACGACUUCCCACCACCUGCUAGCUCAUAGGUUCUACGACUAGAACCAUUAUUUACGACACUAGCAGCUACUAAAACCCAAUACUGCUGACGACUCAAGAUCUGAACAGCCUCUCUCUGCCCUUUGGACAUCUAAAGAUAUAAAUGUAUUCAUUGUAAUUAGACGAAUACUUCUGGAAUCUGUCACUCAUUGGAUUUAACAUUGAAUGUCUACUGAGAGUAACUCAUAACUAAAUAAAUCCUGAAAAUAAUAAUAAACAAAAUUCCACAACUAUAACGUCCGAGGAAGCCAUAUUCUCUACAUUCUUUUGAUAGUACGAGGUUUUAAGUGAAUAAGUUAAAAUGUAAAUAUUUGUAGUGAAUGUAAAGAAGAGUUGGUGAAACAUGCCACACGAUGCAGUGUUAGUGGAAGUUUCAUAAAAUACAGCGCUUGUAGAAGAACUAAAGCCAUUUUUACCAACUGGUGUUAAUUUGCAUUAAUACCUGCUGAAAUCAGCUGCUUGUAGGUAUCGGGUAAAUCAAUAAAGUGUACAGAAGACCUGACGAUACCAUCUCACGCUCCCUUGCUAGCAGCCACACAGAGAGAGAGAGAACCUAGUAACUUCCCUGGACGAUGCUGUCGUCUGAACACACACUUAGCAGCAGCUCUAAGGAUGGAUAUGGGCGUUCUUCCACCCACGUGUGUGGCACACUGUGGUACCUUUGAUAUAUUCUGUGCAUUUAACCUCAGUGAGAAAGUCUGACGUGUUCUACAGUUUUAAAUUGCGAGAUUGAUUUAAAUUGAACAAAAUAAAAACUCUCAUCAUUAAGGCUUUAUUAAGAACAAAUAUUAUAUACAUGGCACAAUCGUUAGAAAAUGUACUGAAUAUGUUAAAUUUGUCCAUGUAAUCUGUAUUGAUCUACGAGUGUGAGGAAGAUAAUUUGAGUGAUGCUUACAAGUGCUUGUUGUUUUACUGGGAAAACGACCGUAACUCUUCUGACUGAUACAAAUAAUACUUAGCAUGAAGUGGUCACUAAUAGUAUAUAUAUAUAUAUUGAUCAGUAAGUAUACACGUUGGUUGCUUGCUGAGUAGUUGUACUAGUCAGUCUGCCUGUAGAGCAUCAACAUCAACCCGUGACGGGCAAAAGCGUCGAGUCCGUGUCCACAGGUGGUAACUGUGCAAGUCGUCAACUUUAGAGGGGGACAAGAGCGCCUACAGUGAAGCGAGGAUCACCGCUAACAGGAAGGAAAGUGGCCUGCUCUCUCGCCUGGAGGCUAGCAACGUUAAGGUACCGAGGGCCUGCAGUGAAGCCGGGUAAGGAUCACCGCCGUCAGGAGGCUUUGCUGGGUGUGAUGCCUGAGGGGCGAGGAGCAGGGGGUUGUGGUGGGAGCGGCCCGAACCAGCACCUUCUAAUACUCCUCCUCAUCAUGGUUCCUCUACCCUCCCUCACCUUGAGUGCGUCGCGGGGCGGCGCUGGGCCGACGGAGGGGCUGCUGGAGCUGAGUCAGGCUGUGACGCAGCUGACGCAAAGGUUCGCCACCUUGGAGGUCAGCCUCGAGUCUCGCCUGGUCCGUCUUGCAGACACCGCCGCCAGGGGGGAGGCGCUGAUCGAGACGCUGGCCUCACGCCUCAACAAGGUGGACUCCCUGGUGGUGAAGGUGGACGCCUUGGACUCCCGCCUGACCCUGGAGACCUCGUCCCUCAAGACCACCAUCAGGUCCACCAACAGGGACCUUCAGGGCAUGGCGACACAGCUGGAGCGGUUAGACUCCCGCGUGGAAACAGGAGACAAGUCGAGGCACGACACAAGGUCCAGCUGGAGUACGAGGGCCACCGACAGUGACCUCUCAGCCACGAUAACGAGGAGUGUGGGUGAGCACGUGGAACGCACUCUACCCCGUCUGCUGGACCACACUCUCAACACACUCCAAGACGCUCUCUACAAGAAAAUCAACAAGGUGGUCAGAGAACUACAGGAGGAGAUGAGGGAGACCCGGGAGGAGCUGGAGGACCUGGGUACGCAGACGCUGACGGCGACGGCGGAGGCCAGGGAGGACAUCAAGAAGGGCACCAAGACCGCCAACGACGCCCUCAUCGACGUCAAAAACAAAAUUCAUUCUGUACACCAGGACCUCUCGCUCAAGAUCACGUCGACGCCCUCCCUGGGGAGCCUCCGGCCGAUGCUACAGCAGGUGAACCACACUGUGGUGCAGAGCAUCGCCAGGGCCACCGCAGGCAUCAACCUUACUCUCCUGGAGGAGGCCGCCCGCAGGAGAGGCGGCGAGAGCGUUGGGGAGGUGUUUGGUCAGUCUCACUCCCUCCACUGUCCCGACCCGGCCACCGUCGCUGCUCUCCUCGAGGUGAAGCACCUCUUGCAGUCGCUGCUGAAGAAGAGCGAGGACCUCCGUCGUGGGUUGACCAAGCAGACCAGCGAGGGCGUCGACUUGCUCAAGCUGCUCCACCAGCGGUUCUCCGUGCUCCUGCGUCGGAUGAACACCGAGCCCGACCAUGGUCACAUCCUGGUGGCGGAGAUGCAGGACCUGGGCAGCCUGGUGGAGUCGUCCUACACCGCCGUCCUCGUCGCCCAGAACGCAUUCAUCGACUCCUGCAAACGCAUCCAGAGUGAAGAACCGACGCUCGAGCACAAGAUUACAGAGAUUCUCGACAAACUCGUCACUGACAUUGACCUGGGUCACCAGUUAAACCGGCAGCAGCUGUCGGAGCUGCGGGAGGUGGUGGAGAGACUGGGAGGUGGAGGCUCACCACUCACCAUCACCCCAACGGUGGAUGUGAUGGAGGGUGCGGUGCGGCGCGACCAGGAGUUCUCGGCAAAGACUCACACCAAUCUGGACGAGGUGCGGGAGGUCAUCCUUGAGGCGACAGAGGAAGCCAACAUAACGGUGUCGAGGCUGAAGAGCAUGGAACAGAGGCUGGAAGAGGUGUCUAGCGAACUCGUAAGUACCGACUGGAGCGAUUUAAGACAAAAGGAGCCAGCAGAUCAACUAGUCACUGCUGCUAAGGACCUGAAGGGCUUUGCUCAGGAGCAGAUCGUUCAGUCCUUCAACCUCUAUGAUGCGCUCAUGGCCGCCCUCGAGCAGAUGCCCAUCAACGGCUCGGUCAAACUUCAGGAUACCGCAGUAAAAUCCGCCCAACCACUCAAGCUGAUGAACGACGCUGACACCGCACUGACGCUGCCGCCGUCGUGCACAGCUGCGCUGCUGGAACAGGUGCGCAGCAUGCCGGGGCUCUCCGCUGCGCCCCACACAACACCUGCCUCCGUAGCAGAGAGCGACUCCGAAGACUACGUACCAGCGUGGUACACUGAUCCUGAUUUUCUCUCUGGCAAUUAUGGAACUCCAGACCGCGGCUUCCCGGUGUUCCGAGAGGAGGAAUGGGUGGAUAUGGAUGAAGACUUCGAGAGAGAUGGCAGUAACCAACGUCAAUCCCUCUCCUCCCCGCCCAUCACUUCCACAGCACCACCCACGACAGCGCCUCCGGCAGUAGUUAACAGGUAUUUCGGCGUAAAAAAAAGUACCAACCCUCCGCCGCUACAGCCCAAGCAAUCCAGUAGGAGAGGAGCUUUUCCAUAAUAAAGUUAGUUUAUUCAUAAGUGAUGUGUAUAUGAAUAUUAUCUAUUGAUUAUAGCAACUUUGAUGUGUGUAAACGUGUUUUAACAUUAGGGUAAAUAGUGUGAGAGCUUGAGAGCACCGUACAACACGUCUAUAAAAAGGAUUAAGUGAACAGUUUCUGAAUCAAUAUUAUAACUUAUUAAAAUUAUCAAAAUACAGAUUACAAACUACUAAAGUAAAUGUGCACGUUCCAUUAAGUAGAUGAUUGGCGAGUUAUUGCCAACACUGAGACAACAUAUAUGUACCCAAAAUUUAAUCCAAACGAUACGUAAUAUUAAAGUAAAUCGUGUUGAUGCUGAAGGAAGACUUUUUUAAAUAUAUCUUAAAUGUAUAAAAGC